AGUACAUUACGGCAGGAGUGUGGACUUUGUUUACCACUUUCCGCGCCAAUGGCGACGUUCUUGCGGGCAGGGAGCCUGUUUCACAUUCAGAGAACGACGACAGCGAUGCAGUCCUACUGCUCUUCACUGACCUCUGGCAGGCAGCUUGUUAAUGGAGUGGGUCUUUACUAUGAGAAGACAGGCACAGGGAAACACGCUGUGCUGUUACUUCCUGGUGCUCUGGGAAGCACUAAAACAGAUUUUCAACCCCAGCUUAAGUCUUUGAACAAGGAGCUCUUUACUGUUGUGGGCUGGGAUCCUCGGGGUUAUGGACGAUCACGACCCCCGGACAGAGACUUCCCAACAGACUUCUUUGAAAGGGAUGCAAGGGACGCAGUGGAUUUAAUGAAGACUUUGGGGUUUGUCAAGUUCUCUCUGCUGGGGUGGAGUGAUGGAGGAAUUACAGCCCUAGUAGCUGCUGCCAUGAACCCCAUGUUAAUCAACAAGAUGGUCAUAUGGGGAUCUAAUGCUUUCGUAUCACAACAUGACCUUGACAUUUAUAAUGUGGUCCGUGAUGUGUCCAGAUGGAGCGCAAAGAUGAGACAGCCUAUGGAGGAGGUGUAUGGUGCAGAAUUGUUUGCUAAAACAUGGGUGGCCUGGCUGGAUGGAAUCUCCCAGUUUGCACAGAGACCAGAAGGGAACAUCUGCAUUGAACUUCUUCCUCUGAUCAGAUGUCCGACUCUGAUCAUUCAUGGAGAAAAAGAUCCAAUGGUCCCCAGCUUCCACCCACACUUCCUUCUCAAACAUAUCCAGGGAUCAAGAUUACACCUGAUGCCAAACGGAAAACACAAUCUCCAUCUGAGGUUCGCUGAGGAAUUCAACAAACUAGUGGAGGACUUUCUGGAAGAGGGAAACAAUAAUUAACACACUGAAAUAAUCACCAUGAUGAAGAGGUCAUUGCAUCAAGCUUUUGAAUGUUUUAUGUUCAUUUUGGUUAACAAUUAAGAUCUAAGUGUUGUUUCAAUUUAAUUUAAAGGAAAACUACUUUUAACAUUUUGCCUAUCAUCCACAAGCCGAUUAUGAGACAAAAACACACAACCUCCCUUUUCUGUGCGUUCUCGAUAGUAAAAAAAAAAUGCUAUAAUGAGGUGACUAACAAUGCAUGUAAAGGGGAGUUUACUAUUUUGUUCAUAAAUCCCUCUACAAAACAUUUUAAAAAUGGCCAACAACACUCCAUUUACAUGACGUGGCCUGCAUAUUAACCAAGCUAUAGCAACAUUGUUGUUGUAGGAGCUAUUUCCGAGGAACUACUUUACUGGCAUAGUGACACAGUGUCUUGCUCACAGUGUCCCCGGCUACUAUCGAGAGCUGAUAUGUAUGCUAGUAGCUACUGGUGUUGCUGCUAAAUCCCCUUAAUGAGUUUGAAAAAGUUUGAAACUUAAAAAUUCUUCACGCUACCAGCUAAAAAGGGAUUUGCUUAGCACCCAGCUUAAAAAACGUGUAGCUCAUUGUAGAGGUCGCUUCCUAGCGGUACCACUGGCAUACACUUCACAGGAGCCAAGUGUGCGAAGUUGAACAAAGUUUUAAUGUACAUAGAUAUUAUCAAAUUACUUUCUCCAGCAGAACGUGAUUUUUCAGUCACGUCUGUAUCCUCUCUCUCCUCCUGCUCCCGGCCAUUUACUGUUAAAGACAACAGAUGAUUAGAUUAACACGUACCACCUGUGAAAUCUAAUCACCUGCCAGCUGUAUCUCGCCGUCAGCACUGCCACACCCCCGUCUGAUGGUACUCUGUCCUCAGCACCAUGGACUGAGGCGGUGACCUUUGGUCCUGCAGGCAGCGCUGGCCACAUCUCCCUCCACACUCAUCCUACAGUAUAUACUCAAGCUCAAAAAGAUAAGGUUCUGGAUCAUCACUUGUCCCAAAAUAGUGAUUGUUGGCUCUCACAAAGUCUACCAUGAUUAGAAAUGAAUCCCUAUGACCUGCAUUGUUAGUCGCUUCGCGCUAGCCGUUUUUUGCGUGCCAGCAACUUGAGGGUUCCAGGUUUGAUCCCUGCUUCUGCCAUCCUAGUCACAGCCGUUGUGUCCUUGGGCAAGACACUUCACCCACCUGCUCCCAGUGGCACCCGCAUUGUUUUAAUUGUAACUUUAGAUAAUGGGUUCCAGUAUGUAAAGCGCUUUGAGUCACUAGAGAAAAGCGCUAUGUAAAUAUGAUUUACUUAACUUCAAAAAAGGGAAACACUGUGUGUUCUUGUCUCACAUAGUAUAGAUGAUGAGCAAAUUCCUCCCCAAAAAUAGUUUUCCUUUGACCAUUCAACCACCAGGACAGCAGUAAUUAAGCUAUUUUACAAUUAGUAGACUUUUAACAUUUUUUAUUUUGUUUUCACUUGCACUGGUCCGCCGGAAAUUGGAAAAUGAUUCAAAGAAACAGAUCUCAUCAUCAUCGGCGGUCACUCGAACGAGUAUGACGAUCCUCCUGGUAGGGGUGUAUCCCUUUAUGGAGGAUGCCUGUGCGUGACUUUCUUUUACGUGGGGAGACUGGUGCACAGACAGUCACCACACGAUCCUUGACAGACUCGGGUCAGGGUCCAGUGGCAUGGAGUCCAAGACGACUGGGGACCCUUUUCUGCUGCAGCCUUCUUCCGCCAUCGCAGCCGUUGUGGUAGUUCUUAAAUCUACCGUCUUCCGCCUGCUCCGCCGUUGAGGUCUUCACCGUAUCCCUGGCUAGGGGGCAGUCAGGUACUAGCCUUUGCCAAGGGCCACCUGGGGUAACAGUAGUAAAGGGGUUAACCUCCUAGUGCCCCAAGACCCCAUAGAGGAGCCUCCACUGCCGGAUGCACUUUAACGUCAUGCCCAGGACAAAAAAACCCAGAUCUAUUCCUUAGUGUUUAAGGGGAAGCGUUUUCAGCAUUUUUACCCAUCGCUGUCCUGAAGUCCACAGAAGUGAAAUGAUGACAUAGUACUGCAGAGGAAAUAACACCUCAGCAUGGCAGUUUGUAAUUCUGUCUGCUUCAUAUCAACAAUUCCCCACCAACAAUCAGAUGCUCUGUGGGUCAUGGGUGCUGUUAAUAGGGAUGUAUAUCGCAAUCUGUCAUUCUUAUAGCCAGACCUGUGUGUUUUUUUCCGUACCUGAUGGUUUGCUGCUACAACUGUUGCCUUGACAACCUCUAAGGAAGGCAACACUUGUAGCCGAAACCGUCAGGUAUGGAAAUAACCACACAGGUCUGGCUAUAAAAAUAACAAACUGCAUAAUUAUUUGAACACCUAAUGAACCUAUUUGGAUUAGGGAUGUAUAUCCUCGAGACUGUGUCCAUACCGAUACCAAUAUCGUUAUUUCUUUUUGAUACCGGUAUUCAUCGUUACUCUUAUCGGUACUAUUUGAAAUUGGUGAGUAAAUAAAGAUGUGAAAAAAUUCA